AUGGAUCCUUUUGAUUAUGAUAAUUCAUCAUCGGUUAGUCGUCUUAAUUCAAUAGAAGGAAUACAAUUUGAUGGACGAGCAUAUGCACUUUAUGACUCUAAUUUUAAAAUUCAUGAUACACUUACUAUAAAUUUUCAAAUACAAACAUUUACUCAAAAUGGUUUACUAUUAUGGAUUGGAGAUAGUUUACCAGAAUCAAGUUUUACAAUUGAAAUUCAAAAUCGACAACUUAUAGCUCGAGCUGUUGUACGAGGUCAACCAUUCAGUGUUCGUACAAAUUUUACAAAAAAUCGUUUAUGCGAUGGUGUUUGGCAUUGUGUACAAGUACGUCUUGAUGGUAGUCUCUUAUCAAUGAAAGUUGAUAAACGACAAUUUACAAAAACAGAACCACGUAUAAAUUCAAUUGAUAUGCGUGGUCCACUUUUUAUUGCUGGUUACGCAGAGAAUUAUUCGCCGCCAUAUUUAUCUGUUCGUACUCAAAAUUUUUUUCAUGGAAGUAUACGUAAUUUAAGGGUUAAUAAUAAGCAAGUUGAUUGGCUCACACCACGAAAUAGUGGUUUUGCAGCUGCUACACCCGAAUUUCAUCGAUAUAGUUCCGAAGGUACAUCAAAUAAUAUUCGACCAUUUACAAGUUUAUCGGCAGCAACAUCAGGAUUUCCUCGAUAUAGUCCAGAAACUAUAAUAAAUAAUGUUCGAUCAGUUCCAAGUUCGUCAGCAACAACAUCAGGAUUUCCUCGAUAUAGUCCAGAAACUACAAUAAAUAAUGUUCGAUCAGUUCCAAGUUCGUCAGCAGCAACAUCAGGAUUUCCUCGAUAUAGUCCAGAAACUAUAAUAAACAAUAUUCGAUCAUUUCCAAGUUCGUCAACAGCAACAAAUCAGGGAUAUGAAACAGCAUCAUUUGCAACGUCAUCUACUUACAGUGGUAGAAGAAAAGUUCUGUAA